CUGCUACACGGAGUGAAGUCAGCUGACCGCUGAGUUCCUGUUUCAUUCUGCCACCAUGAACUCAGACGCGGUUCUGUUGUUAGAGACGGUCAACUUCGCUGCAGAGAAACACCGGAACCAGCGACGGAAGGAUCCAGAAGGAACACCGUACAUCAACCACCCUAUAGGAGUAGCGAGGAUCCUGAGCCAUGAAGGAGGCAUCGCAGACAUCGAGGUUUUGCAGGCCGCUCUGCUUCACGACACGGUGGAGGACACGGACACGUCUCCCGCAGAGCUCGAGAUAACGUUUGGACCGAUCGUGGCUCGUAUCGUUCAGGAGGUGACGGAUGACAAAAGACUGCCCAAACUGGAGAGGAAGCGGCAGCAGGUGGAACACGCGCCGCACUGCAGCCGCCAAGCCAAACUGGUCAAACUGGCUGAUAAACUCUACAACCUGAGGGACCUGAACCGCUGCACACCAUCCGGUUGGACGGCCGAGCGGGUGCAGGAGUACUUUGUGUGGUCCUGUGAGGUGGUGAAAGGCCUGAGAGGAACCAACGGCGCUCUGGAGGAGAAGCUGGAGGAGCUCUUCAGACAGAGAGGAGUCCAGCUCUGACAGCACGGUCCACUUACAAAUAAAAUACAUUUUCAUUUGUAAAUUAUAGAAAUAAAUCAUAUUUCGUGUACA